ACUGGAUUCGGUGUGGACGGUGUGAUUACUUUAAGUAUUAUUUAGUUUGUAUUCUAUCUUUAAGCUUAAGUGUCAACUAUGGAUGAAAUGGAUAAAUUGAGUUGUAAAGAGGUAUUGGACAUGAGCGAUGUGGAUCAUUCCACAGACGAUCAUAAGGAAACGGACGAAAAACCCAAGAAAAAGAAAAGAAGGCGUCGUGAGAUUGAUAUGAUCAAGCUCUCGGACGAUGAUGAGACUGACGAUGAAGGCCUGGCUAAGAAGGUGCAUCGCAGACUGAGUCCCGGACCCAACUCUAGGGAGCCCCGUACUUGUGUACUUAAGGCCUCGCAGAAGCGUCGUCCCCUCUCCCGCCUCCUAGAGCAGCUGCUCCGUAACCUGGAGAAGCGGGAUCCUCACCAGUUCUUCGCAUGGCCGGUGAACGACAACUUCGCUCCCGGCUACUCUGACAUUAUCCGACGGCCUAUGGACUUUUCCACCAUCAAGCAGAAGAUCGAUGAUAAUGAGUAUAAGUCGCUCAAUUGUUUUAUUAGCGACUUCAAGCUAAUGUGCAACAACGCCAUGAAAUACAACAAAGCGGGCACAGUCUACCACAAAGCUGCCCGGAGACUCCUCCACACAGGCCUGAAGCAGCUCACUCCGCAGAAACUGAGGCCCAUGGGGGAUCUGCUGACGUACAUGUACGAGAUACCCAUUAGGGAGCUGGGAUUUGAUAUCGGGAAGAUGGAUGUGCCUCUUAGGACGUACGGGCGAAAGAAGGUGCUGAAACGGUCGAGCCCCAUCAAAUCAGGGGGCUCGGAGGCCGAGGUGGUGUCCGACGGGGCCGAGAGGCCGGACGGAGACAGUGUUAAACUGCAUAUGGAGGCCGCUAGGGAGCAGCAUCGCAAGAGGCUGGCUAAGAAAGCCUUCCCGAACAUGGACGCCGAAGGCAAAACUACCCUCAAUUUGGUGACGAACACAGUGGACUCGUCCACACCGGCCGACGAGAGACCCAUCACACUGGGCCAGUACAUCGGCAAGCUCACGCAAGGCACUGGCGCGCUGUAUGCUCCACGCGAAGACCGCCGUAAUCUUGUGAAAGGGGUAAAGCCGCUCAACUACGGACCCUUUAGCUCUUUCGCGCCUUCCUACGAUGGGACUUUCGCCACUCUCACUAAAGAGGAGUCGCACUUGCUCUAUCAUACCCUACCGUCAGAAACGGGCCAGGGCAACGAAGAAAUGCUCCGCUUUGCCCCGGACUCCCCUUGGAACCUGUUCUACGAUAUGGAGGCGUUGUUUCCUGACAAGAAAAAGGAUCUAGAACAGCCAUCCCAAGAUGAGAAGGAUAUAUCAUCAGUGAAGGUAGACGUCGAGCAACUAAAGACGCUCUCAGAGCUGGGUAUAGACGUGGACUUUUUGAACGAUGUCGAAGAGGACAUAGCUGCCUCGCAACAUGACUACGGCAUCGCCACGGCCUUGAAACACACGUGCGAGGUGCUGCAGAAACUUGAGAAGGAACAGAGAGACAGACUGUCAACAACCCCGCCGUGGCACCUGUCUCUCGCGGCCCGCGCCGGCGCCGGCGAGCGUGAGCUAGCACGCCAGGCCGCCGGCUGGCUGCGCGGCAUGGCGGCCAGAGUACCGCCCGCCGGACUAGCGCCGCUACACCGCAUAAGGAAGGCUAUGGGCGUCACUCUGGACCAUCUGGAUACUCCGAUGGCCGUGGACGAUUUCGAAAUGGAGCACGACCACAUCUCAGACCCGGACUCGCGCUCCUCUCACGACAAAUAACUUCGUUC